UAUUAAUAAUAUGCUUUAUUUCCGAAAAAAAAGAAAACCAAAAAAAGACCGCAACUUCCUAACAAACCCCAAAUCCCUUUUUACCCAUUUUUGCUGGUUUUGGCUUUCGUUUGAAUGUAGAUUUUUCAGCCUUUUUCUUUUUUGUGUGUCUGUUUUUUCUAUUUUCUCGUGAAAAUCUUAUCAAAAAUCGGAAUUAUUGCUAACUGCUGAACAAAUUUUAGAGAGGGACACGCACAGGAGGCGAGUAGAAAUAGAGAAAUUGAGGAAAAAAGGGGAAGGUGUGGUGUGGUGAUUCUGUUUUUGCUCUUUCUGUUGGGAGGAAAAAUAGAAUUUUUAUAUUUUGUUUUUCCAACUUUUGUUUUCUUUUCUCAUUCAAAAUGGGGGAAGAAAAUCCAUGAGCAGAAACUAAAAUAAAAAAAAGGUGUUUCAAGAUUCAGGUGUUUUCGGGCUUCUGUAAGAUUUAAGAAAAGAAAAAAAAAAGAAUUAUCAUGGGAGGUGGGGAUUUUGACGAUCAUGUUGCUAUCAUGGGUGAUUGGAUGCCUCCAAGUUCAAGCCCAAGGUCCCUUUUUUCAUCAAUGAUCGGCAACGAAAAUAAAAGCAGGCCCUAUUUUCAAGAGCCCGAAUUACAGUAUGAUCAGAAAAAACCUCAAGCCCAAACUAGCACACCAUGCGAUGGAUCAAGUGACUCGAAUGCACUCACGGAGCCCAAAAUGAGCUCACGUGGUGGAGGCCUUAUGGAGAGAAGGGCUGCAAAAGCCGGGUUUAAUGCUCCAAGGCUAAAUACGGAAAGUAUUAGGCACAGUGAUCUUUCCAAAGAAGAAAAAGUUCGGUCUCCUUAUUUGACGAUACCACCUGGUCUUAGCCCGACUACUCUGCUCGAUUCCCCUGUUUUCCUAACUAAUUCGCUGGUUCAGCCAUCCCCAACAACUGGAAAAUUUGCAUUUGCUCUGAGUGGUAACAAUCAAAACUCGACAUUGAUGAUGACUGAUGAAUCUGAUAACAAGUGUAUGGAGAAUAAUGCUUUCGAAGAUAACAAGCCAUUCGUGUUCAAACCCAUUGCCGAAUCCAAAUCAGUUCCGAAUUUUAACUCUAUCAACAACAGAGCACACGCUUCUUCUUCUUCGGGUCCUUUUCCCGGUUUAGGAAUUUCCACUCAUCCCGAGAAAAGCAUCAGCAGCCUCUCGCUGCCGGAGAACACUUCCCCGCCACUCGAUGACGAGGCGGCGGACCCCACUGCCCCUAACUCCGCUGGAACUUCUGCCGGAGGAACUCCGGCAGAGGACGGCUACAACUGGCGAAAAUACGGUCAAAAGCAGGUCAAAGGGAGCGAGUACCCGCGAAGCUACUACAAAUGCACCCACACGAACUGCCCCGUGAAGAAGAAAGUCGAGCGGUCCCACGAGGGCCACGUCACCGAGAUAAUCUACAAAGGGGCCCACACCCACCCGAAGCCGCCUCCCGCCGGCCGCCGGCCGCCGGUGGAGUCGGUGCCGGAAAGCGGCGACCUUGUCUGGCCUCCGAAUCCCGAGGUUUUAACGUGUGGGGAAAAUGGGCCGAAUCUUGUUGUGGGCCGAGAAGGAGACUCGGCCCGAUAUGAGGCGGAUGGAGGAGGUGUGGAGGGUUCGUGCACUUUCUCGAACGAGGAGGAGAACGAAGAUGACCGUGUGACACAUGGGAGCGUGUCGUUGGGUGGUUAUGAUGACGAAGGAGGAGAAGAGUCGGAACUAAAGAGAAGGAGAAUCGAGGCUUAUGCUUCGGAGGUGAGUGGGGCCACGAGGGCAAUAAGGGAGCCGAGAGUCGUGGUCCAAACGACGAGCGAGGUGGAUAUACUCGACGAUGGGUACCGCUGGCGCAAAUACGGGCAGAAAGUUGUGAAAGGGAAUCCGAAUCCAAGGAGUUACUACAAGUGCACGAGCCCGGGCUGUAACGUUCGAAAACACGUCGAGCGGGCUUCUCACGACCUUAAAUCAGUUAUAACCACUUAUGAGGGCAAGCACAAUCACGAUGUUCCUGCCGCCCGCAAUAGCAGCCACGCGAAUUCUGGGCCCACAAACCAACACCACACUCCUGCUGCAACAGCUGUCACAAGUGGUCACGUCCAACGGGCCGAACCUCCUUCUCAAAUGCAUGCAGCAGCCAUGGCCCGAUUCGAAAGGCCUUUGCUUGGUCCUAUUGGGCUCCCUGGCAGGCCUCAGCACUUGGGACUGGGCCCGGGGUUUGGGUUUGGGUAUGGGUUGGGCCAGCAGAGGUUUGCCAGCCUGGGUUUGGCUGGCUUCGGACAUCAUCAUCAAGGGAAGUUACCACCAAUGCAAGUUAAUCCGUAUUUAGGAUAUGGGCCGAGGCCCGUGAGUGAUAUGGGUCUUGUUAUUCCGAAAACCGAACCUAAGGUGGAGCCCGUGAUGGACGGUGGUUCAGAUGGAUCCUUGGCCUAUCAUCAGCAGCUUAUGAGCCGGUUGCCACUUGGACCACAGAUGUAAAUUUAUCUUCUUCUUUUUUUAUCUUUUUCUUUUUUCUCUUAUUUGCUUAAGAAGUUUGACAUGCAUAAGAAAUUUGUCUGGAAUUGCUAAUUUAUAUCGUUCAUUGUUGUCUUUUGAAAACAAAUAUUUUGUCAUCGAGCUCUAUGGAUCUUACCCUGUUUUUCCUUCUCCACGGCCAAUUUUUUACUGAGG